AUGGAUCAAGAGGAAGAUGCAUCUCCUCUUACGGCCCUCACGCAACAGAUUGCAGCCCUCGCUCAUGCUGUGAGAGAACUCCGAGCGGACUACAAUGAAGUACAGGAACAGCUACAGGCUAUCCAGUAUCCUGCCCCGCCUCCUGCUCCCAUGGCCUCACCUCCACCUUUGGUGGGUGCCACAGCCAGUUUACCGGCUCCUGAGCCCAAGAUCCCACUCCCUGACAAGUUUUCUGGAGAUCGCAGCACCUUUAGAACCUUUGUGAAUGCCUGCAAACUUUUGUUUAUGCUCCAACCACAGACCUACUCUACUGAACAAGUUAAGGUGGGAGUGGUCAUGUCUCUCUUACGGGGACAACCGCAGUCGUGGGCUUUCCGGUUGAUGGAGCAACAGAAUGCAUGCCUCCUCACAGUGGACGCGUUCUUUCAAGCCAUGGCGGUGCUGUAUGAUGAUCCUCAUCGUGUAGCUACAGCCGAAGCUGCCUUGAGAAAUCUUCGACAGGGUACCCGUCCUGUAGAGGACUUCACUAUGAACUUUCGAAAAUUUGCGGCAGAUACAGACUGGAACCAAGCGGCUCUCAAACAUCAAUUCCGCCUUGGUCUUUCCGCUACUCUUAAGGACGAACUGGCAAGGGUAGGAGUGCCUGACUCCUUGGAGGAGCUCAUCCAGUUAUCCAUUCAAAUUGAUCAACGCCUUAGAGAGAGAAGGCUGGAGAAAGCUAGCUCAUUCCCCGCUUCCUGGGUAUUGCCUAAAGCUUCCCCUCCGAUUCGGGUUGAUCCUGAAGUCACCACUUCCCCUGAGCCGGAACCCAUGCAGUUGGGCUCACUUCGACCUUCACUGUCCUCCGAGGAACGUAUUCGGCGUAGGAGACUCAACCUGUGCCUUUACUGUGGACUAUCUGGUCACCUACUCAGCACGUGCCCAACUCGUCCCUCUCCUCCUCGUAAGGUCCCUUCACUAAGUACCACCGUACCCAAGCUUCAUUUUUCCCCACUGCUCACUUUUUCUCUCUCUCUACAGUGGGAAGACAAGGUCCUGGUGCUUCCGGCCAUCCUGGACUCCGGAGCUAGCGGUUGUUUUUUGGACUCUAAAGUUGCGGACUGUCACAAGAUUCCCCUACUGACCAAGUCACUUCCUCUCCUUAUCAGAGUUGCUGAUGGUUCACCAAUUAGUUCUGGUCCCAUUCUAAAAGAGUCCAUUCCCCUACGUGUGUGUAUGAAUAAAAUCCACUCUGAAAUGCUAAGUUUUGAUGUGGUGGCUUCUCCUCUGUCGCCUAUUAUUAUCGGCCUACCCUGGCUACGCAAACACAACCCUAUAGUGGAAUGGGAAAGAGGCAAGAUUACAUUUUUGUCUCAUUUUUGCCGUACCAAUUGCCUUUCGUUUCCCCCUUCUGCUUGUCAGAAAUUGUGCUGUGUAGCUUUUGAAAAACCGUUUGAAAGAUUUCCUGGUUUACCCUCUGAGUAUUACGACUUCCUCGACGUAUUUGAUAAGAAAGGAGCCGAUUCAUUGCCUCCACAUCGGAAGUACGAUUGCCCUAUUGACCUUCUUCCGGGAUCACAAAUACCUUUCGGGCGCAUCUACCCACUAGCGGAACCUGAACUGAAGGUGCUACGUGACUAUCUGGAAGAGAACCUAACCAAAGGCUUCAUUCGUACUUCAACUUCCCCAGCCGGAGCAGGGAUUUUCUUUGUGGAAAAAAAGGAUCACACUCUAAGACCUUGCAUCGAUUACCGCAAUCUGAAUAAUAUAACUGUUAAAAACCGGUAUCCUUUGCCCUUAAUCCCAGAACUUUUUCAACGACUUAGAGAGGCAACAAUCUUCUCAAAGCUCGACCUUAGGGGGGCCUACAAUUUGGUCAGAAUAAGGGAGGGGGAUGAAUGGAAGACUGCGUUUCGUACCAGAUAUGGACAUUUCGAAUACCUGGUCAUGCCUUUCGGCCUAUGUAACGCACCUGCAACUUUUCAACAUUUUGUCAAUGAUGUCUUCAGAGAUUAUUUGGACAUUUUCGUUAUUAUUUACUUAGACGACAUCCUAAUUUUUUCCAAAUCCCUGGCUGAACACCGGCUCCAUAUGAAGAAAAUAUUUUCUCGACUCCGUUCACACCAACUAUUCGUCAAAUUUGAAAAAUGUGAGUUCGAUAAAACCUCUAUUGAAUUUUUAGGCUUUAUUAUCUCUGCCAAUGGAGUCCAAAUGGACCAAAGUAAGGUCUCAGCCAUCCUGAACUGGCCAGUCCCUGUCUCCAGAAAAGAUGUCCAACGUUUCAUCGGUUUCGCAAAUUUCUACAGGAAAUUUAUUAAGGGAUUUUCACAGAUCAUUCUUCCCCUCACUCAGCUAACCAGUUUAAAUUCCAAGUUCGUUUGGACUUCCCAAGCUCAGACAGCUUUUGAAACUUUAAAAACUCUUUUUACCACAGCGCCUAUUCUUCAACACCCUGACCCUACAAAACCUUUUAUUUUAGAAGUGGAUGCCUCCGAAUCUGCAGUUGGAGCUGUACUUUCCCAGAGGAUUUCCACAUCUGGCGCUCUCCAUCCAGUGGCCUAUUUUUCCCGAAAGAUGAACAAAUCUGAACAGAAUUAUGACGUGGCAGAUAGAGAACUCCUAGCCAUCAAACUUGCUUUAGAAGAGUGGCGAUACCUCUUGGAAGGAGGUUCUAACCCUAUCCUGAUCUAUACUGAUCAUAAAAACUUAGAAUACCUUCGUGUCGCUAAGAGACUUAAACCUCGUCAAGCUCGUUGGGCGCUUUUCUUUAUGAGAUUUAACUUUCAUCUAACCUACCGUCCCGGCUCUAAGAAUGUUAAAGCAGACGCACUAUCCAGGAUCCACUCUCCUCAAGAAGUCACUCCUACCUUACCAGAGACUGUUCUUUUGCCACAAAAUUUUUUGUCCAUCCAGUGCUCCUUGAUGGACCAAAUUAAACAAGCUUCAGUUUCCACUCCCUCUGGUUGGGAGCUAACGUCUAGAGAUGGACUUUUCUUUUUUAAAGACAAGAUCUUCGUACCCGAAAGCCUGCGCCUGGAAGUCCUUCGUACCAUACAUGACUCUAAGUUAGCUGGCCACCCUGGUAUUAAAAAGACAAUUAUAUUAGCCAAAAGACUUUUUUGGUGGCCGAAAAUGACUACUGAUUGUGUCAAUUAUACCAGGUCCUGUGAUGUCUGUGCUAGGUCCAAGGACUCCCGUACCAAGCCUUUAGGCUUCCUUCUUCCGCUUCCAGUUCCCUCUAGACCAUGGGGUUCCAUCUCUAUGGAUUUCAUUUCAGACCUACCUCCGUCUUCCGGACAAACUGCCAUUUUUGUUAUAGUGGAUCGACUAACUAAGAUGGCCCACUUCAUACCACUUCCUAAACUCCCUUCUGCCGCUUCCACCGCUGAAUACUUUAUAAAAGAGGUCGUAAGAUUACACGGGGUUCCUGACGAUGUUGUUUCUGAUAGAGGAACCCAAUUUACUUCACAGUUCUGGAGAUCGUUAUGCAGAGCAUUACAAAUCAAGGUGUCUCUCUCCUCCGCUUUUCAUCCUCAAUCUAACGGACAGACUGAGAGGACCAAUCAAACCCUGGAGCAAUAUCUAAGAUGCUUUACCUCUUAUCGACAAGAUGAUUGGGUUUCCUUAUUACCUCUUGCAGAGUUUGCCUAUAACAAUAAUUUUCACAACUCCAUCCAGCAAUCUCCUUUUUUUGCCAACUACGGGAUGCAUCCUGCUAUUUUUCCUUCUUCUCUCAAAGAAAUUUCUGUUCCUGCUGUGAAGGAUCGUUUAUUGUUUUUAAAGGAGAAUUAUAAGUUUCUUGAAGAAUCUAUUAAGAAAGCUCAGCAGAACUUCAAGACGUAUGCGGAUAAAAGGAGACGUAAAGAUCCCGAGUUCAAGGUGGGUGACAAGGUGUGGCUUUCAUCAGCAAACCUUAAAUUGUCUUGUCCUACACGAAAGCUUGGUCAUCGCUUCCUUGGGCCUUUUGAAAUUACCAAACAGGUAAAUCCUGUAGCUUUCCAGUUAAGACUCCCUGACUCCUGGCGUAUUCAUUCAGUUUUUCACUCUGCCUUAUUGAAACCUGUGACUGUUAACCCUUUUGUUGGGCGAGUUCCCAUUCCACCCUCACCCAUCCAGGUUGACGGCCAGGAGGAAUUUGAAGUCGAGCGAAUCCUUGACCACAGACUAAGAGGGAAACAACGCCAGUAUUUAGUCAAAUGGAGAGGUUACGGUCCAGAAGAAAAUUCCUGGGAGCCAGCUUGUAACAUCCAUGCACCUAAACUCUUAAAAGAGUUUCACCGGAAAGAUGUUCCUAAAGCUAGAGUUCGCGUCCGGAGACCGCUCCUAGGAGGGGGGCCAUGUAAGGUUACUCACCAGCGCCGAGUCCCGGGUUCUAGCGUACGGCGGGAGCGCACGAGCCGCCUUGCGUCCCGGCGCGCAACGGCGCCGUGUUUGACGCACUCACGCAAGCGGCGUGCGCGGAGCGCGUGCGCGACGCGCGCGCGGUUUGACGCCCGCGUCAUUACGCGCGCGCGACUAACGCAACGUGCGCGCGAUUUGACGCCCGCGUCGCUACGCGCGCGCGCCGGCGUCAUGACGCCGCGUCACGUCGCGGGACGCCUUAAAUAG